AUGGCGGUCCGGUGGGGAGCAGGCGAGGAGUUGUUUAAACCCUGUAACAUGGAGUUAUUCUCAACAACCAGCCUUGACGAGGCAGAAAUACUUCAGGCUUCCUUGUCCUCCACAUAUCUGGAUGAUAAAGGUCUGGACUCUGCGGACUCACUUGAAGCACUACAGAGCUGCCUGGACCCAACUAUUUUGUCCAUUUUUGAGGACACCUCUGCUGGAGAGCAUAAAACGGAAUUGGACGAAGAAAACGAGACAACGCUGCUUACAGCUCUAACCGAAAUACUUGACAAUGUAGAUGAUGAGAACUUAUCUCCUUUUGAUUCUCUACCGGACUCCGAACUCUUCAUGGGUCAGAAGGUCGGCGAGCACGCUUCGCUGAAAAAACUCUUGGCUCUGCCCCGAACUGCCACAGAAAAGGAGUCGAUGUGCCACAUGAAACAUGCACCUUGCUCCCCUGGAAAGACACUUCCUCGGAUGCCAAACAUGUCACUGCAGGAGAGUGAUGAAGAGGAGGAUGGGUUUGCUGAGGUCAUGUCGGAUUUUGACCCACUGUCGCUUGAAGGGAUAGAUUGGGGAAGUGUUCCUCUGUCACUGGAACAUAGUGGUGAAUGUGUCUCUUUGACUCUCAGUGACCUAGUUAGGCAAAUACAUCCUUACUGCAUGACGGUCAGUAUGGAAGGGGAAGAGGGUAGCGAACAGAUGCUUCCAGAGGGAGGGAUUGUGCUGGAGGUGGUAGAUAAGGGAGAAAAUGGCGAACCCAUCCUGGCCAUCCCAGAUCUAGGCUUUCCCCUCUCUCUGCCUGGUGCUGACUCUUCAUGUGAACAGAUGGUCCCAGAGACAAACCCAGAGGAACUAGUGCAAGAGGCUCAUCAACCUUUCUCUUCACCCGUCAUAGAUGACAGAGUGGAAAAGGUUAUUGAUAAGCAACCUAAAAGACAGACCACCAAAAAGUGUGAGCCUCGCAAGAAAAAGAAAUGGAAAAAGAAAGAAGUUCCACCUGGUGAGGGGAGGGUCUUGAGAAGUGCAUCUGCCAAAAAGGCUGUAGAUGAACUUCCGAAGGAGCCUGAGGAAGAGACACGGAAGAAAAAGAAGAAAGUGACAUUUGCAAAUGUGGUCUCUUCAGUGGGAACUGAAAUCCCUGACUCUAAAUGUGUACCGGUGAAAAAAUCUGAGGGGCCUGAAAAAGACACCUCUUUGUCAACCUUGCCUGAAUGUGUAGUGGUGAAAAAAUGUAAGGAUUUUGGAAAGGAGACCUCUUUGUCCACCUCAUCUGAUGAAACUAACACUAAACCCAGCCUCAAAUCCCCUGAAUCACAGCCUUUGCCCAUCACAGUGUCAGAGCCUUUACCAACAACUGAGACAUCGACCUCACAAGUUAAUGAGUCAAGAUCGUUGGCGGUCAAGUCCUCUAGUGAAAAAACUACAGACUUAAAUAUGCCCUCCAAAGAGGAACUUGUAAGCAAGGAAACCAUCCCUCCGCCUAGCGAGCUCAAGCCCAAAUCUUUGAGUUUACAACAGUACCGUCUUCUGCGUCAGCAGAAGAAACCAGCCCCAUUGCAGAAGGCUGAAGACAACAGUGCCAAAUGGCCUCAACUGCCUGAAGCACCCAGGGAGCUUCCCCCCAUCCCCUGCCUUCCAGACCCUUCGCCCAGGGAUCCUCGUAGGGCUUCGCACCCACCUGUAAAGGAAGCUCCUGUCGACGUAAUGCCAGCAUGGCAACCCCGAGGGCCCAGCGCCCCGCCCACACCAGAGGCCUUGCUUGUUCCACCAGCAACUAUGGUAGUCACCACGAAAAAGACUACAUCUUUAAAGCAGGUGGUCUCUAGCUCUUCUACAUGUUCUUCAGCAGAAGAACAACCUGUCCCCAGCCCUGUUGUGCCACAGAAUUCUGUUAACGGUGACAUUCCUUCUCAGCCUCAAGCUGCUAGACAGAUGCACACUAUAGGAUCUGGAUCGUUACCAGAUGCCACUGUGACUGAUGCUGCCCAAAAUACGAGUGCGGAGCAGCAUCUGCCACAAACCUCUGUUGCUGACCCAGUAGUCAGAGGAAACCUGCCUUUUGACCAGGACAUCACUAAUCAAGUCCAGCCCGAAAUCACCCCAAGAACCACUGCAGGGGUCCAGCCCCUUACUGCUGCUACCCCUCUCUCAGAAUCAGUUGAACCUGUUGAGGCUGUGACCACCACUGUGCCUGAAGAAGUUAAAUGCACUCAACCAACACUUACUAAACGGUUAACUGGAUUUACACCAAGUAAAGUUGCACCAAUUGUUGCACAGCCUUUCCUGUCAGCUCAGUGCCAACUUGCACGGCCUGUCGAUCGGGUGGAGCCAAUAAACAUGGCUCCAGCAGUGACACCACCUAAUUUGAAGAAUACAGAAGAGCUGAUCCAGUCCUUCACUAGUGAAAUUGGUAUUGAAGCAUCUGAUCUCACCAGUUUGCUGGAGCAGUUUGAAGAGAACCAGGCCAAAAAGGAGCCGAGUAAGCCGGAGGUCUGUGGUAGAGCAGCUGCUGUAGGAAACUCAUGUGCUGAGCCCCUGGCUGAACAUAAGGCUCUGGAGCUUGCCCGAAUCCAUGACCUGGGUAGCACUGCAGGUCUCUCUCCCCCUGCCACGCCCCCUCACCAGAUGUGGAAGCCCCUGGCACCAGUGGCGUUGCUAGGCAAAACUAAGAUGUCUGAGGGACCCAGAGUAACUCCCUCUAAGGCCAUUCAGAUAGAAGCCCGUCCCCUACCCUCCAGCCGGCUGCGCAACAGGCUGCAGACUCCUGCCAAGCAGAUUCAGCCCUUCUCUUUAGAUCAUGACUACUGCCUCCCUCCCAAGGAGCUUCCUCCCAAGGAACUCGGCAACCGCUGGAACGUCAAACAGCAGCCCAGCAUCAACAUUAAGACCAUCGAGCUGCCCAAACAGACUCCGCCACAGAGCCUGACCCCAGCUGCUUGCCACCCCAAAAUUCCCAAAGGUUAUAAAAUAGAUGGCGGUCUGGAGAAAGAGGAGUUCAGCAGUUCUGUCCUGGAGACACCCGAUGCUUCACCUAACCGGCUAGAGUCUGAGAAGUCAGAGAGCAGCAGCCAUGGACAGCCAAGGUCACCGAGAUAUUCAGAGCGUUCUCCCAGCCCAUACGAACGAGAGAGAGGCCGUGCAAGGAAGCGAUACAGGCCACGAAAAACCAGCUCUGACUCCAGCUGCUCUGAAUCUGGAUCCGAGUCUUCCUACGGGUCUCGGUCACCAACCAGGAAGAGGUACAGAUCCCAUCACUCAGGCAGCUCCAGCUCAUCGUCAUCUCCCCGUUCUCGCUCCCGUUCCUGUUCCCGUUCCCGUUCCCACUCUCCACCCCGCCGACGCCGGUUUUCCUACUCCAGUUCUCGUUCUGGGUCUUGGAGUCGAUCCCGUUCACGCUCUCCUCAGAAUCACCAUUCACAGCGCUGGAAAAACCAUUGCAGCCCCGACCGGAGAACCAGUCACCAUUUUUCAAGAGAUCACAAUGAAGAUGUAAGAAGACGAAAAGAGAAAGCAAUAGAGGAGCGCCGAGUAGUUUACAUUGGACGAAUUCGUGGAGGGAUGACUCGGAAGGAGCUAAAGGAGCGCUUCUCGUUGUUUGGAGAAAUUGAGGAGUGCACUCUGCACUUUAGAGAACACGGAGACAACUAUGGGUUUGUCACAUACUAUGAAACGAAGGACGCCUUUUCAGCCAUUGAGAAUGGCUGGAAACUCCGGCAACCUAACGAACUCCCCUUUGACCUCUGCUUUGGAGGCAGAAGGCAGUUCUGCAAGACUGGUUAUGCUGAUCUUGACUCAAAUCGGGAUUGUGACCCAGCACCUGCAAAAAGCAAAUUUGAUGCACUAGACUUUGACACUUUACUCAAGCAGGCCCAGAAGAGCCUGAAAAGGUAA